UUACAGUCUCAGCAGAUGGGUCAAGUGUUCCAGCCAGGCGGAGGUGCUGGGUACUUCGUACCAACAAUGAACCCUGGUGCUGCCAGAGCCAGUUACUUUGCUCCUACCCAGAUCCCGCAGAUGAGAGCUGGACCUCGAUGGCAGACUGUAAGACCUACAGGACAACCAGGCGGAACAAGCUUCCAGUCUAUGCCAGGUGGACCAGUGAGACCAGGUCCAAGACCUUCAGCAUCAGCCAACACUGGCGGAUGCCCAGGUGCUCAGCAGCAAAUGAGGCCAUCCACCAUGAAUGCCAGACCAAUCACUGGCCAGCCUACAGCCCGGGCUCGACCAGGGAUGAGCAUGCCUCAGAGCUCGAUGCAAGGAAGACCCCAGCAGCCACAGGCCCCAACCAUGCCCCAGGGUGCUAGACCAGGGUACAGUCAGUUCCAGGACAACAGGCCACAGCAGCAGAGCCAGGCUAUUGUUGUACCAGGCCAGGAUGCUCUAACUGCCUCCAUGUUGGCAGCUGCUCCUCCCCAGGAACAGAAGCAGAUGUUGGGAGAACGUCUGUUCCCACUCAUCCAGCGUAUGUACCCAGACCUUGCGGGUAAAAUUACAGGCAUGUUGUUGGAGAUCGACAACUCCGAGUUGCUGCACAUGUUGGAAUCAACCGAGUCUCUGAAAGCCAAGGUGAGAUUUUGCUUACAAAAAUUAUAUACAAAGUUAUAUACAGUGAAAUAGAGGUGGGCUUGGAUA